AAGAAAGAAAGAAAAAGGGCCAGCGCAGGGGAGGGGGUGGCUGUGGGAAGGGGGAGAAGGAACUACAGUAAGAGUAAAAAAGUCCUGCCCAGCUGUUUGCGAAGUUUAAGAUUUCCUGUUUCCCCUGCAGCGCCGAAGUGCUGUGUUCAGUGAGUCACCCGCGGUCCCGAGCCGCGGAGCCGCGCAGCCCGCUCCCAGCCGUGCCGCGGCCUCCCGCUGCCUGCCCGGCCCUGCGCUCCCCUCCCGUGUCGAUCCGGCUCCGUGAUGACUCCGUGUCUGCCGAGGAGCCUGCGGCGGCUGCUUCUGCGCCUUUCCCUCUGGGUCCUCAUGGGCUGCUCGGUCCCCGCUCUCCUUCGGGCUGAAAUUAUGUCACCUGUAGACAGAACUAAGGAAAAUGGAUUACAACUGCCAAAUCUAUGCAAAUUUUGUGACAUCAAAGUAACAACCUGCUCAAACCAACAUCAGUGCAAGAGCAACUGCAACAUCACUUCUAUUUGUGAGAAGAAUAGUGAAGUCUGUGUUGCUAUAUGGAGACAGAAUGAUGAAAAUGUGACAUUAGAAACAAUAUGCCAUGAUCCCCAGAAAACACUGUAUGGUCAUAUGCUGGAUGACUCCAGCUCAGAGCAGUGUUUGAUGAGGGAAAAGAAGGAAGAUGGGGGAUUGAUGUUCAUGUGUUCCUGUACAGGUGAAGAAUGCAAUGAUAUGCUCAUUUUUCCAUCAGAUGACCCUCAUAAGCCGGAGGAGAAAGAUGAAAUUUCCAAAGUUACAAUCAUAAGUCUUGUCCCAUUACUGGUGAUUUCUGUUGCUGUCAUUGUUAUCUUUUAUGCCUACCACACUCAUAAGAAGAGGAAACUCAACAAGGCAUGGGAGAAGAGUGUUAAGCCGAGGAAACAUAAGGACUGCAGUGAUGUUUGUGCCAUUAUGUUAGAUGAUGACCGCUCAGACAUCAGUUCUACCUGUGCCAACAAUAUCAACCACAACACAGAAUUGCUGCCCAUUGAGUUGGACAUUGUUGUUGGAAAAGGAAGGUUUGCUGAAGUGUAUAAAGCCAAAUUGAAGCAAAACACAUCAGAGCAGUAUGAAACUGUGGCAGUCAAGAUUUUCCCCUAUGAAGAAUAUGCCUCCUGGAAAACUGAGAAAGACAUUUUUUCAGAUGUAAACCUCAAGCACGAGAACAUCCUCCAAUUCUUGACGGCAGAGGAGCGUAAGACAGAUCUUGGUAAACAGUACUGGUUGAUCACCGCAUUCCAUGCUAGAGGAAACUUGCAGGAGUAUCUCACACGGCACAUUAUCAGCUGGGAGGACCUCUGGAAACUGGGUGGGUCCUUGGCCCGAGGGAUUGCCCACCUGCAUAGUGAUCACACACCCUGUGGUCGCCCCAAAACACCUAUUGUGCACAGGGACCUAAAGAGUUCCAACAUCCUGGUGAAAAAUGAUUUAACCUGCUGUCUCUGUGACUUUGGGUUAUCCCUGAGGCUGGAUCCCUCUUUGUCUGUGGAUGACUUGGCUAACAGUGGACAGGUUGGCACAGCGAGGUACAUGGCCCCUGAGGUUCUAGAGUCCAGGAUGAACCUGGAGAAUGUGGAGUCCUUUAAACAAACAGAUGUGUACUCCAUGGCUUUGGUCCUCUGGGAAAUGACAUCUCGCUGUAAUGGAGUUGGAGAAGUGAAAGAGUAUGAGCCCCCAUUCGGCUCUAAAGUGCGAGAACACCCCUGUGUGGAAAGCAUGAAGGACAGUGUCCUAAGAGACAGAGGGCGACCUGAGAUCCCCAGCUCCUGGCUUCAUCAUCAGGGCAUACAGAUGGUGUGUGAAACUCUUAUUGAGUGCUGGGACCAUGACCCCGAGGCCCGGCUCACGGCGCAGUGUGUUGCGGAACGCUUCAGUGAGUUCAAGCAUCAUGACAAGCUCUCAGGAAGAAGCUGUUCAGAGGAGAAGAUUCCUGAAGAUGGCUCCGUGACCACUGCCAAGUAGCAUGCACCCGAGAGCUCCAAAACGGGGAAAUCACUCCUAGAUGCAUUCACCUUGGCAAAGAAAGAAGUCUCAAUCACUGACUUGACUUACUUCCUGGAGGACUGAGGCUGUCACUACUCCCUGUAGGCUCUGGCUCUGGACAGGAAGAUGUAUUCACGGAAUUAAAAGCCAGGAGUAGGUGUCAUACCCUAGUACUGGCUGCUGGCACCAUGUCAUAGGAGGAGCUAUAUAUGUUAGCACUUCCUCAGGAAAUGGGAUUUGAAAAUAGCUAAUAACAUUAUGCACUUUAUUAAUGCCUGUAUAUAACUAUGAAAAUGCUAUUUAUAUAUAUACAUAUAUAUAUAAAAUGUGUGUAUGUAUAUAUAUAUAUCUAUCUAUAUAUCUAUAAACAGCCAUGCUCUGAAAAAAAAAAAAAAGAGUUAAAACAAAAACAAGUGCUUCCAGGAAAUUACUGAUGUGUUGGAGAUCCCUCCGCUUAUGGUCGGAGCCUGGGGAGACUGGCAUAGCACAACACCAGCAAUUGUGCACUAAGCGCUCUGCCAAAAAGAUAGGAAUAAUAUCUGAUAAGAAGAUGGCUUUCAAAGCAUGUGCAGUAGCCAGCUGGCUGUGGGCCUGCAGUUCACAGUUGCAGGAGCAGUCUCACAUAGGACAGACCAGUUUGGCUUUGCAGUUGUAGCUACAUGGUCCAGUCUGCAGCACAUCUUGGAAAUUCAGGCGUGCCUUCUCCCUCUCACCUUAACACCGACAUCCUCAGUGUCCCAGAAUGAAAGUUCAUGGAGUUUUGGUCCCUCCCAAAACUGUUUUGAUAUCUGUUUUGAUACAGAGGUCAUUAAUGUUACAUGUUUAUUGCUUUGAACUCAAGCUUCUUGCAAGCAGGUUGCAAAACAUCAGCAGGAUGAGUUUUUCCCUCCUCCCAUCCCCACCCCCAAACGAUACAAAACAAAACAGGGCCAGCAAUCCAAGCAGAUGUUUUAUAUUUGCUGUGCUUUCUGAGUGCAGGCAGUACUAUUUUUUUUCCAUUCCUUUUACCUUGAUUGUGUUGCUGUAAGAACAAACAUUUUUUUCCCUAUACAUCGUGUCUAAUUGCUUGACACUCCACAGCCCAUGUCCUCUCUGUUUUGUAGGGAAAAGUAAAGAAAAUGGCCAGUGCCUUUUAUUUUUGCAGAAGGACCUUGGAGGGGAGGGAAAGCUCCAUGGCAUUAGGUUAAUGGCAUAUCCUGCUGUCAGCACUGCCUGCAUAUAGGGCAACUCAGCAGUUAAGA